ACACACACAGACAUGUACAUACACACAGAAACAUGUACACACAUGCACAGACACAUGUACACACACACACACGUACAGACAUACAUACACACGAACACACAGACACAUGUACAUACACACAAACACAGACGUACACACACACACACACACACACACACACACACACACACACACACACACACACACAUACACACACAAAUACACACAAACACACACCCCCAUAAAAAGUUGCAGUACUUCGUUGUUCACGCACAGAGCCAGGUACUGCACUCUAGGGGGAGGCAGAGAGCACAGCACACACUCCUUCCUUUGCUUUCACUGCGCUCAGCUAUUGAGCAGUCUAACAGCUCCCAGUGCCAAAGACAAAUCCGGCCUGAGCUCCGAGCCUGCUCAGCAAGACGUCCCUGGGGGACACACUCGUCCCCACCAUAGUUUCCACUCACCACUGGCGAGCAGGCGAGUGGAAAUUUCAAGCCCUGUUCUAGAUG